AUGGAACGGAAACAUGAUGGGUUAGAGAGAGAGUUUGCCUUCUCUCUAGAAACUACCUUAGUUUCUAGGGUUUAUUCAUUCAAUAUUUCGUUGAUGAUGGCUGAUUACUCAUCUGAUUUACACGACUUAGAUACGAUGGGUGAUAAACUAGUGAUUGAAGGUACUACUACAACUAAGGGGAGUUCGCACAUCUUGAAGGAUAGUCUUUCGGAUAGUGAUUUGUUAAUUUUGAUGGACAUUGCGAAGAGAAAUGGGGGUAAGAAACAUUGUUCUGCAUCUGAUAUCGAGAUGGGAAGGAGCCCUAAGGCUUCGAUUGGGGUUGAGUCUGAGAUCCCUAGUCCAAGUUCUUUUGUUGACGCUAUAGGUGGAUUUGACAAGUGCAGCGCAAUAGUAGAAAACCCGCUGCAGAUGAACGGCCUCCCAAUCAGCGUGUACGCGCCGGAGACAGUGGGAUGCGUGGUGGUGGACGGGGAAGGGCGGUGUGCGGCAGCGACUUCCACCAGCGGGCUGAUGAACAAGAUGAGCGGUCGCAUCGGCGAUUCCCCGCUUAUAGGAGCAGGGACUUACGCGUGUGAAGUGUGUGGCGUGUCGUGCACGGGCGAGGGGGAGGCCAUCAUACGCGGGACACUGGCACGUGACGUGGCGGCGGUGAUGGAGUACAAGGGUUUGGGCCUCCAGGAGGCGGUGGACUACUAG